AUGGGACAAAACUGCUGGGAAAUCAUUGGGUACGGAAUGCAAGAAUGUGUUUACCCUUUUCAGACUGGUGUGGUCGACCAACAUAAUGUACAUAAAGCCCUUGUUCAAGGCGUCGUUACCUCUCACCUUCUCCAGACUGGCAGUAAAGAGGCGAAUGUCCGUUUCUAUGGUUAGGUUACAAGAAGAUGCCAAACUACAGAAAGCAGCUAAGAAACAACAGAAGAAUGAGCUACAGCAGUCAGUUCUGGAAGAGAUCAUGUUCAGGCAGGAUGAAAAGCCUCGAACAAGAGCUCAAAAAGGUAAGUUUUCACAGUAAAUUGGUUGAUAUACUUGUUUUGAGUAAGAUCAUAUCUUUCUUUGAUGUUGUUAGCGUUAACAAUCAGGUAAUGGAUUAAGAGGAAUGUUGUAAAGAUUAAUUAAUGAUUCAAUGUUGUUUUAGUGAAGAAAGGAGCCGAGAACACCUUCUUCUACUCGGCACUGGUCGUAUCAAUCGCCACACUGGGUGGGAUAUCAUAUCUUCUGUUCGAGUACUUCUUCGCUGCCAAUUCUCCUCAAAGAAUCUACUCCAAGUCCUUGGAUUUGAUCAGACAUGACCCUCAAUGUAAAGCCGUGAUUGGCUCUUCGAUCACCGGCUUUGGAGAACAAUCUAGAAGGUCGAGGAGACACAUUGCCAACAUGGCAUACGAGAAGGACAACGAGAAGCGGGUACGAGUGACGUUCCAUGUAAAAGGAGAUCGAGGAGCUGGCCGAGCUCAGGUCGAGAUGGUACAGAAACCAGGCGAAUCGUGGGGGUACAGGUACCUUCUGGUACAAAUGGCUGACCGAGGAGAUACUCUAGUACUCAUAGACAAUCGCUAG